GUAAUGUCUGGCAACAUGGCGAACUUCACGGACGUAACAUCACUGCAGCAGUUUCAGCAAUUACUGAAAAAUAACAGCAAGUCCCUCACCGUUGUCCAUUUCCAUGCACCAUGGGCUCCGCAGUGCUCGCAGAUGAACGAUGUGAUGGCCGAGUUAGCCAAGGAGCACAAACACACCAUGUUUGUGAAGCUGGAGGCAGAGGCAGUCCCUGAGGUUUCUGAGAAAUAUGAGAUCGCUUCAGUUCCCACCUUCCUCUUCUUCAAGGGCGGUGAAAAGAUUGACAGGUUGGAUGGUGCACAUGCCCCUGAGCUGACCAAUAAGGUGCAACGAUUGGGGUCCGGUGAGGGCGGGGCUGCCAGGAUGGGGGACGUCCCAAAAGAGGAUCUGAAUGUGAGACUGAAAAGGCUGAUCAACGCCGCACCCUGCAUGCUCUUCAUAAAGGGGACGCCCCAGGAGCCUCGCUGCGGUUUUAGUCGUCAAAUUGUUCAGAUCUUGAAGGACCACAACGUUCAGUACAGCAGUUUUGACAUCCUCUCGGAUGAAGAGGUCAGACAGGGGCUCAAGACCUUCUCCAAUUGGCCCACCUAUCCACAGGUCUAUGUCAGUGGAGAGCUCCUCGGGGGACUGGACAUUUUAAAGGAGCUGGUCGAGUCUGGUGAACUUGAGAAUACUUUCCCCAAAACCGUCUCGCUGGAACACAGGCUGAAAUCACUGAUCAAUAAAUCACCCGUCAUGCUCUUCAUGAAAGGCAAUAAAGAGGCUGCAAAAUGUGGAUUCAGUCGUCAGAUACUUGAAAUAAUGAACAGCACAGGGGUUGAAUAUGACACAUUCGACAUACUGGAAAAUGACGAGGUUAGACAAGGAUUAAAGACAUUCUCCAACUGGCCAACGUACCCGCAGCUGUAUGUCAAAGGAGAUCUAAUUGGAGGACUGGACAUUGUUAAGGAGCUGAAAGAGAAUGGUGAGCUGGUGUCGGUGUUGAAGGGGGAGAACUAAACUGUUCCAGCACUGAAGAACACAAGGAUUACAUCAUUCAUUUACCUGUAACCUGCACACAUUUAACCUCAGGAUCAUAGGAUUUACAAUAGUCCUAUUCCCUUCAAGUUAACCUUUUAUACCGAGACAAAUUGUCCAAAACCCUUCCAUGCAAUGCUGAAGAUGUAAUCCAAUAAAGCCAAGUGUGAUUCAGUCCGUUUUAUGUUGAGUUGACACAUUUUAGGACCUGUUUAUGUCUUGCUAACAAGCGGUUAGCCUAGAAGGAUUGAAGUUUAUUUCUGGUACAUGUAUCUCCUGUGCCCACUUGUGAUUAUGUCACUACAUUUGUAAUGUACUACAUCACUGUGUUACUGCAUGCUGAUAAAGUACCAAAAUAUUGGCACACUUCAUGCCAAAUAUACACAUUUUAUUUUCAAAUGUGGCAUCUUCUUUAUUUACUUUAACUUCAGAUUGAUCUGUUUCACUGCAUGUUUAUAUGAGGCAUACUGAAGAUAUUAUUUUAUGUCUUAAGCAUGUAAGGGCUUUUUCCAAAUUUCGGAUUGGUCACAUUUCUUUUAAAGAUGUACAGUGCAUUCAGAAUGUAUUCAGACCCUGUAACAAGGUAAAAUGGAAAGGAGGUGGCGAGAAAUGGCAGCUGCCCGAAACUGUCAACUUUAUCCCUCUCCAGGGCUUGAUUAGCCUGAUUAGGGGCCGGGUGUGCAGAAUCAUGACCCGGCCCCACCCUCCUCCCUGCCACAGACACCUUCAUUUUUUCUCACAUUUGGUUAUGCUUUGCAGCCUUAUGCUAAAAUGCUUAAAAAUAUAUAUUUAUGUUUUAUAUGGAAAAGAAGAAAAAACUGAAAUAUCACAUUGGCAUAUGUAUUUAGACCUUUAACUCAAUACUUAGUUGAAGCAUUUUUGGCAGCGAUCCAAGUCUUUUUGGGUAUGAUGCGACAAGCUUUGCACACCUGGAUUGGGGAUUUUCUGUCAGGUUGGAUGGGGACCGUCAGUGGACAGCCACUUUCAGAUCUCUCCAGAGAUGUUCGAUUGGGUUCAAUUCUGGACUCUGGCUGGGCCACUCAAGGACAUUCAUAGAGUUGUCCCUAAGCCACUCUUGCAUUGCCUUGGCUGUGUGCUUAGACUGGGCUGACGGUUCACCUUCCAACAGGACAAUGACCCUGAGGUACUGAGUGCUCUGGAUCAGGUUUUCAUUAAGGAUAUCUCUGCGUUCAGCUUUCACUCAACCCUGACCAGUCCCCCAGUCCCUGCCGCUGGAAAAUAAUAUUGAACUUGAGAGGAUCUGCAGAGAAGAAUAGCAGAAAAUCCCCAAAUCCAGAUGAGCAAAGUUUGUCGCAUCAUACCCAAAAUACUUGAGGAUGUAAUCGCUGCCAAAAGUGCUUCAACUAAGUACUGAGUUAGUACUGGGUCUGAAUACUUAUGAAUACGUAUGUCAAUGCCAUGUUUCAGUUUUUUGUUUUUUUAAUACAUUUGCAAAGUUGUCAGAAAUCUGUUCAAAAUCUGUUUUUGCUUUGUCGGUAUGGGGUGUACAUUGAUGUGAAUUUUUUUUUUUAAAGCAUUUUAGCAUAAGGCUGCAAUAACAAAAUGUGAAUACUUUCUGUAUGCAAUGUAUGUAAAUGAUAAAGGUUUAAAACCCUUGUUUUGAUGCAAUGAUUAUGUGUAGUAGGACACCUUUGCUGUUGUCCAGAAUGCAUCAAGGCACACUUGCAUUUACACUACAAGUGCAAUGUGGGCACAUGCAUUUAUUUUACUUAUGUCUUUAUUCUGCUUAUGUCUUCCUACCGAAUGUGGUUUAAAUGUUCAGAUUAAAAACCAUUUUGGACCACGUUUACAGACAAUUUUUGCUUUGACCACUUGUGAUCCGGUAACCUGAGAUUGAUGUAAAUACUAAGUUAAGAUCACUUAAUUGAAAUCUCAUAAUCAACAUAAAAAGGAUUCACGUUUUUCUAUAACGUAUCUGUCAGUUAAAUGGUUUGGCAUGUAAAAUCAUACAAUGUAUAUUUGCACAUGCAGGUUUUUUUAGAAAACAGUUUGUUUGCAUCUUUAUUUGAGUUAUCCUGGAAAUGUGACCACUCCACUGAGGACAGAAAUGAUUGAUGUACCAUUCUCGAUCACAUCCGCUCGCUGUAAUUAAUGUGAUCCUUCCGCUCUUCGUACAGAGGGAUUCUACUUAGCUCUUCGGGACAGGAAGAACUCACUUAUUGUGAUUAAAGAGCCUUUAUAUUGAUCAGCAGUCAUUGGUUUGGGGAGUUGAAACACACUUCAUCUGGCUUUGAGCCAAAAGUGUAAAGUGCCCAUUAUCUAUCUCUUACAAACACACUCACACCUGUGGCUUGGGGGGGAUUGCUGCGCUCCUGUGAUAACCUGAUGGUUCUGCCGAGGAAACCUUUUAAACAUUUUAACAACUUGACUUUCUGUAACGCACUCAGAUAUCCAUUCAUGCAUAAUCACCACCUACCCUCACAGGUUCACUGACCUAAACUAAAAAGUUCAUCACAUCGCCUUAAGUGGUGGAAAUGCAUACCAAGUGCACACAAUAAGUGCACACAAACUUCAGUCACUAACUACAGUGCCCGCUCUAGCAACACUCCCAGUGGGGUAUUCCAGAAAGCAGGUGAAGCGGCUUACGUGGGUUAAUUUAAGAAUAAUUGGAAAAACUCAACUUUCAUUUACAAAAAUGGAGGUAACUUUCAGGGUAUGUAAGUAUAGUAACUUACUCUCUGAACAUAACAAAAUCCAGAGUUAGUUUAUUUCAGGUAACAGCAUGUUUCAGAGGCUAUCAGUUCAUGCAUGUCCUUUUAAUAGCGACAGAGUGGGCAUGGAAGUUCAGAUUAUGCAAAAUAUUAUACUUUAAAAGCAUUAUGGUUAACUGCAAUCUUUACAAAUCUUCUUUACUCUGACAUUUCCAGUCUCACACUCUGCAGAUUUGCAUACUAUAUUACUAUACUAUUUUUAACAUAGAACACAUUGGAAAGGACCAUCAGAUUUGUUGUGCUGUAGCCUAAAGACACCUCCACGCUCUUAAUGGCACCUCUGCUUUAAAUGGCACCUUUACAUUUGUGAAGGGCACAUUUAGAUUUGUGAAUGAAAGGGGCAGGGGCUUGUGCCCCUGUAACCCCCAUUCUGUGCACGUCAAUGACCACUGAUAUAAACGGGAGUGGUGGUGGUGUAGUGGUCUAAGCACAUAACUGGUAAUCUGGUAAUCAGAAGGACACUGGUUCGAACCCCACAGCCACCACCAUUGUGUCCUUGAGUAAGACAUUUAAAUCCAGGUUGCUCCGGGGAGAAUGUCCCUGUAAUAAAGGCUCUGUAAGUUGCUUUGGAUAAAAGCGUCUGCCAAAUGCAUAAAUGUAAAUGUAAACUGAAUAUCAGUGGUGAAGACCCUACAAGGACGGUCUAAUUCUCAUGAGAAAAGUGUGAAUGCGGAAAAUCGUGAAUUUAUCGGGUGAAAUUGUAAAUCGGGAGUAAAGAGAGGAGGAGGAGUGGAAAAACAGGAGAAUCAUCCAUUUCCAACAUUUGCUGAUAGUAUCAUUGUAUUAAUAGACCCUCUUUCAAUUGCAGGAUCUCCAACAGUUGUCAUUAUGUUCCAUAGAUUUAAUGUAAUGUUUUUCAGUAGGCCACACAUGAUUAUUCAUGUGCACUCUAAAAUGAAGAUCUGCUGUAACAGAGGUGGACAAUGAUAGGAGUUACAUGUCCUUUAUGUUAUUUUCUUAUUUGACGUGGCAUUAAAACUUGUUGUCUUGUCCCCUAAAAGAUCAUGGCUGUAGAGUACGGUCCAUCUACAUCCAGCAACUUGGUACUGAAUGAAAUUAUGUUGUUUUAAUUGAAGAUUAUGUGCUUGAUUAUGCAUUAUAGAUGUUCAUGAUCACAGCAUUAGCGAAAAAUAACUAAUUUCUUCUUUGUUAAUAGGAAGCUGUGAAAGGUACAUAUUGAAAAGCAGAAUAAAAAUGGAAUUUAGAGAAGUACAGCUUCUAAUGGAGUAGCGGAGGCUGAGCAUCAGAAAGACACCUUUUCAUUAAAUCACUUGACCACCAGCUAAAGGAGGGCACUGUAGGUGACUAAAUGACAGUACAAAUGUCUAAUUUGUAUUUUCAGAUAAUAAAGAGAGCACAAUGAACAAGUGUGGAAAUGUGUGCAUUUAUAUGUACGGUACGUGAAUUAAAGUGAUGUAUUAAAAAGUUCCCAAUAAAAGUUAAAGCACCCCAGUUAGCGGCAUACUACUGUAGUCUUAGUUCUGGCCCAGUAUAUGCCUGGGUCCUUGGCCCUGAUCUGGCCCACACACC